GUGGGGCGGCGGAACGACCGGCGUUUCGAAGCACGUAUCGGUAGUCGCGAGACGAGGCAGUCGGUGACGGGUUGUGGUCGUCUAGUGUGGCGUAGUGAACGGUUUUUUCGGUCGCCUUCUCCCCUCCGUUGUGUUCAAAAAUGAGCUGGCAGGAUUACGUUGAUAAGCAACUGCUCGCGUCUAGGUGUGUUACCAAAGCGGCAAUUGCCGGACACGAUGGCAAUGUGUGGGCGAAAUCCGAGGGCUUCGAAGUAAGUAAAGAAGAGCUCGCGAAAUUAGUCCAGAGUUUCGAAGAGCAAGACAUCCUGACGUCGUCGGGGGUUACCUUAGCCGGCAAUAGGUACAUCUACCUGUCGGGCACGGACCGUGUGAUAAGGGCAAAACUUGGCAAAGUCGGCGUCCACUGCAUGAAGACGACGCAAGCCGUAGUUGUUUCCCUGUACGAGGACCCCAUACAGCCACAGCAAGCCGCAUCUGUCGUUGAAAAACUGGGCGAAUACCUCGUGUCCUGCGGCUAUUAGUAACCUCUGGGACCCAACACAAAUAUCUAAUAUUAAUAAUAAACGAUACGAUCGAUUAUUUUAAUGAACAGCGAAUGGAACAUGCGCCAUGCCGCACGAGUUGCCCCGGAACUGCCGCACGCUCUGCCGCGCGACCCACGAUGGAAGAUGCAGCAGCAGCAGCAACAACAGCAACAGCAGCAGCAGCAACGACAUAACAACAGCAACACUACAUAGCCGAGAACUACCAUUACUGCUCCAGUCAUCAUUCUCUCCUCCUCGUUUCUUUGACGCGACGUGGAGAACGGGAAGGAAGGCACACUCGAGUUCAUGCCAAGUACACGCACGCACCAUACGUAAACAACGACGCACCCUCAUCCCCUCCCUCUUCUUCCCCCUUUUCCCGCGUUCCCCAUCAUCGGCGCUCGUGUAACACGCUUACGCGUACAAACCCGCGUUCCAUCUCCUCCCCCCCCUUCCUCCUUCCCUCCUCGCUCCUCCUAUCCUCUCCGUCAUACACGUAUACGUACUUAAGCAUCUACGUGUGAAUCUCGUAGGUACGCGUGUCCUCUCGCGUUCCCUGUCGCGCCGUAUCCUGGUAACGCGCGCGACGGCGUGAGCGUCAAAGAUCGCGGGGAAACUUCGGCGUCUUUUAUUGAUAACAUCGAUACCAAUACGGAUACCGAUGUCACAUUGCCACAUUUGCUCUCUAUCUGCUCCCCCAACCAUCUUCCCCCUCCCCCUCCCCCUCACCCGAACAAUCGCGCGGACAACGCGAGUUGUCUAGACGGCUGUGAUGCGCGUGCGAGAUGCGAGAUCGCAUCCGAGACGCCGACGCGUCGUCGUCGCGAGGAGGGACGACGAGGAUCGAUAGCGGCAUCGUCGAUCGACCGAUAGACCGCCACCGCCACCACCGUGUGCCGAGCUGGCAACGCACGUCACGGGACGUCAUCGACUUCGUGGAUCCGACGUCGCAGGGCUUACGCGCGCGCGGUCUUUGACCGAAAGAGCGAGAAUGCGCACGAGAACGCGGAUCGUAAAACUAUGUCCACGCCGAAGCAACAUCGAGGAACUUUUUGUUGCGAGCGACUUAUGUCGCCCAAAGCUGUGUCCACACCAAAGCAACGUGGAACAACACGGAGCAACAUUUGUGUUUCCGUUAAAGUACGAGUGUGUUUUUCAUUGUCAGAGACAGAAACACAAGUUGCCCCGUUUCCCACAUGUUUUCCAUAUAGGAACGGUUAAAUGAAAGGAAACAUAGGCAACAUUUUGUUUCUGGAACUUGUGUUGCUUCGAUUCGGACGCCCUCUAUCGUGCCCUCUCGCUAAAACACGAUAAUUUUUGUCAGUCGACAAAGUUGACAGGUUUUAGCGAUAGGACGCGGCAAGUUGUGGAAUUUUGUUCCUAGCAAAACGUUCUUUGAUGCUCCUUUGAUAAAUACGUAGCUUGUACAGGCAACUUGCGCUUCUGUUUCCGACGACAUCGAGAAACAUACUGGAACUCUUACGAAAACAGAAACACAAAUGUUGCUCUGUGUUGCUUCGGUGUGGACGUAGCUUUACACGCGUGACGGUUCUUCGCAGGUGUAGACGCUCGCCGUCUACAUGACACGGUCGUGAGAUUCGCGGACAGAUUCUGGAAUCUUGGCGUGCCUUUGCCAUCGAAAAGGCGCGAAUCGCAAUGAAUCGUGACGUGCGUCGCGAUUCGUCGCAAGACGAACAGCUUUGAACGUUGCUUCGUCCUUCACUUCUUGCGUUACACGCGUUUGACUUUUUUUUUCCGGAAAAGGAGGAGCACCGGUCGCUUCUGCGCGAGGAACUGGUCCUCAAACUUGAAAUUAUCGAUAAUUGCUUUGUCAUCGCUAGAAGAAGAUGCGAAAUAUUGUACAAAAAUUUUGACGUGUGCGGAAGCGAUCGAUCUCAUCUCGUAUCAUGUAUUUAAUACACUCGAAGUGUACACAGUCGCUUCGUUCACGCACUAGCUUUACGCGUGCACGAAGAAAGACGCAUCAAUGAUCGAUCGAUAGAUAUCAGUAAGAAGAAGAGAUAAAGAGAGAAUGAAAGAGAGAAAGUAUGAAAAAUGGUGUGUGAGAAAGAGAGAGAGAGAAAGAAAGAAAGAAAGAAAGAAAAAAGGAAGAAACAGAGCGAUGCAAAGUUUUGUAACCGUUUACAUGGUAUUUCGCUGAAACGAUACAAACACACAUAUGAAUUAAAUAUAAAAGAAAGAAGUAAAAUGAUAAUAAAUAAUGAUGAACUAUUGUGUGUUAGAUUUAUUAUCUUUUUCGUAGAGUACGAAAGAGUAGACGCGUGCGCGGUAGAGAGUGAGCGAGCGAGAGAGAGAGAGAGAGAGAGAGAGUGUGCGUGUGCGUGUGCGUGCGUGCGUGCGUGCGUGCGUGUGUGCGUGCGUGUGUAUGUGUGUGUAGUGUAGUGUAGUGUGAGCCAGCGUGAGAGAAAGAUAGAGAAUGAUUGAAAAAACGAUUGAAUUUUGAAAAUAACAGAGUGAUAACGAGGAAGAAAAGAAGAAAGCGCAGAGGUUGAAACAAAGGAGGGAGAAAAAGAGAUGCAGACAGAAGUGCAUUUGCGCGCGUAUGUGUGAGAGGGAGAGACAGAGAGAGGAUGUGACAAGGUAGCGAGAGCGGAGGUAUGAUGAUGGCGAUAACGAUAGCGGCGGCGAUAACAAUAAAUGAUGAUAAAAUGAUGACAAUGCGGGCGAGCAUGCGGCAGCGGGUGAUACGGCAUGGAUUGGCCGCAAUCCUGGCCGCCUCCCCCAUUCCCCCAAGAAUCGAUACGGUCCUUUUAGCUAUUUACUGUCUUUAUUAUUGCUAUGUGUAAGAAGAAUAAAACAAAAUGGCGAACGAUGUGUCAUAAACUGCUGAGAUUUUUAUCGACAAGACGGUGAGCGAGAAAGAGAGGGAGAGAGAGUGUGUGUGAGUGAAAGAGAGAGCGUUAGAGAGAGAGAUAUGCAAAAAAAAAAUAAAGAACACAUCCACAUCAGCGUAUAUAUAAACAUACACACACAUACAUACAUAUACACGUAUUGCCUCAUUAUAAGUGCAUGCGAGAAUAAAGAAGUUUUACACGGCAGAUGCAUUCGCAGGUAUAUCGAUAGCGGGAUUUCUCGAGGGGGUCCAUCGAACGAGCCUAAUACCGAUUCGCGAGACGCUCGAGCGGAAAGGCAGCAGCGUAAUAAGUGAGUGAAGAGAUAAAUCUUUUUCUCAAUUAGUCUAUAUAUUUGUGUAGAAAUGGCGGCCUGGUUUCGAUAUAUGCGUUGUACGAGAAUGCUGAAAUGUUAAUUAAUACUUAAUGUUUCGCGACUAUUAGAUAUCUCACUGUUUUAUAUUAAAUAUUAAUAUAAAAAAUAUAUUAAAUUCUGAUACAGUUUGAUAUACUUACAAGACCAUCCUGUUUCUUAAAGGCGAGAGAGUGAGAGAGGGAGGGAUGGGAAGGGAAGGGAGUGGGGUGACGCUCGACUUCUCUCUCUCUCUCUCUUUCUCUCUCUGGCGUCGACAGAAGAGUGCAUGACGAAAUUAACGGGAGAUUCCGAUUUUUAUCUCGGAAUUCGCCUCCGGCAUUAGAUAAUGAUUUGGCGCGUGGUAUCCGCGACUAGUUUAUCGUAGCCGUUUCGCCGGGAUCACCUAAUCGUUCUAAUCGGUGCUUUUACUCGCUUGUUGCCCCCUAUCUUCGUUCGCCGGCUUGACGUUGGCCUCGCGCGUGUCCCGUCAUCUUAUCUCUUUCGGACUCGCGUCCUGCCUCCGCAUCCUCUUGGAUCGGUUUCCGGCUGCUCGGCGCAGAGCGAAGCGCGACGUACGCCCAACACACACGAGACAUCUCAAUCGAUCGAAAUCACACGAGAAACUCAUUUCCGUAGACGAAAACAAAGAGGAAGAGAAGGAGCGAAAGGGAGGAAGAAAAAAAGAGCAAUUUUUUUUUCUUAUCCUCUUUACAUCGAGAACGUAAACGAGGACGAGCGUGGUGACGGUGUACCUGCGAAUUCCUGCUCGUGUCUGAAAUCUAAAAUAUCUCGAGUUUCCGCGCCGGUUGCGCGCGUACGCGUAUGCGUUUCUAUCGAUGCACGGAGGAAUCACGAACAUACGCACACACGUGUACACACAUUCAGGACAGGUUACACAUAUACACGUACACACGAUACCGCUACCAAUUAUUACUACUCUACUAUUACUACUGCUACUAUUACUACUAUAAUUGGAUGCUUGUCGAUUCGUCUGACGCCAAGCAGCGGCCCAAACUACUAUGUAACGAUUUUUAUUGAUAACAAAGGAAGGAAUAAAUAUUGAAAUAAUAAUUGUAAUAAAAAAGAGAAAAAGAAGAAGGCCAAAUGACUUCUAGACGCUUGUCCAGGCACAUCGGUAUCAGUCUUGCUCUUCCGCGACUCCAUUUCCAUUUGCCUCUUCGUAUAUCCAGGGGAUUGACAUUUAUACACACGUUCCUUUCUUCUCGGCGACAGUUUCACCGAUAUCAAUCGGCUUCAAUUGAUUCAUUGUCUCUUUUCAGAGUAAAAAAAAAGAGGAUGAUCGAUGGAAUUUUGUUUCUUCUGAACAGCUUCAACGGGCUAAAUGUAAAUCACCAUUUUAGCAAAAUGAACACGUAAAACAAAAAUGUAUUUACAUACGUUGUAUCUUUUUUCUUAUUCUUUGCGUAUUUUGUUAAUAUGUUUGCUUUUAACUUUUUCCAAUAAAGAAACGAUUGUGUCCCACUGACGGAAUUAUAAAAAAAAAAACAUUACAAAAAAUUGAAAAAAGUGCCGACAUACAAUUUUUUUUAUUUUUAUUUUAUUUUUUUGUUUUUAAACUCAAAUUGAGGGUCCCGCGACUUAUUCUUGCGUGUACUCUGAACAUGUGAAAGUUUUCUUAUUCUGUAAAAAUCAAUUCGGUGAAUUUUGUAAUGUCGGUAAUUCCGUCGGUUUCGGAUUCCCUUAGCGAAAGCUGCUGAUGUUGAUCUCACCAUACUAUAACUAAUAAAGUGUUAUUUCUUUCA